CAAAUCAUGCUAUUCCAACGGUCCAUUCCCUUGAUAUUAACUAUUAAGCUCAUAUCCAGUAACCUCCCACUUACCUUUUGCCCCAACACUUCCACCGCCAUUUUCUCUCCACAAUGGAAGAAUCCGCUAAAGUUCAACACGUAACAAAAGCUUCUUCAGACCAACUCCUCAGGAAGUUCGCCCAAGCGGGCGGCGACGAUGCUCCCGCGAAGGAGCUCCGGGUAGUGAAACGCCGGAAAAAGAGCCGGAGAAGCCGCGAAGGGCACAACCGUGAGAGCCCACCGAAUGGCAGUUCUGGAGUUGUGGAGAAGAGAUCGCUGCUUCCUCCGGCUACUCGGAGAUCGGCGGCAUUGCUUCUGCAAUUGGGUAUAGGGAGAUCACAACUCAGAGUGAGGGAUCUCCGGAACAAGUCCAUUUUGGGAGCAAUUGAGAAGACAUGGCGAAGAACGAUUAAAGGAGCUUCGAAGGUGUUGAUAGAGAGGCAUUACAAUCAGCACAAGCGUUUGAUAAAUGAAGCCAUGUAAUCUUCUACUGUUUCUCUAUUCCUUUGAUUUUGGGUUCAAAGGACAACUCCUCGACACGUUCGCCUGUUAUUUAUAUUCUUUGUUGUAGACAACCACAUCUAAUAAACUCUUAUUCAAUUACUAUAUGUACCCUCUGCCAAUCAAAUAUAGGGUGUGAAUUUAAAUUA